CGAACAGCAAGUUCGUGCUUGUGCCUGGAUACGGCGUUCUGCCAGUGGUGUCUAUCAAUGACAUGAUGUUGCAGCCCCAGCAUGCUGCAGCGGGCGCAUCAGCCCAACCAGCAGCCUUGCACAACUCAAUGCUGCCUGGAGCGGCACGCGCGGCAGUAGCACCGACCGCAGGCCUGCAGAGUGGGAGCACAGGUCCUGCACAGCGUUUGCAGCGCGCAAUUCCGCAGCUGAGGCACUUGGACUCCAUGCAGCAGUUCUGGCAGCUCUGGGAACAUGGUGACAGCCUCAGCGGCAGUGCUGCCGUUAGCUGCCUGCCGCUGGAGGUGCGCAGCCAAAAGAAUGUGAAGCAGCGUUUCUUUGAGUGGAAGGAGGCUGCCCUGGAAGUGCAGAGGUUGGCAGCUCAGAUGCCUGCCACCCGCGCGGGGCCCACAGCAGUGCAGCGCGUGCUCACUCAGUUGGAAAAUGAUCGCAACGCAGCUGGGCUGUCCAUGCCUGCCUUCAUCAAGUCGCUUGGGAAGAAGAAGGGCAAGGCGCAGGAGGAGGGGGGAUGAGUAUUUUGUGCUCCAUGUGCAUACCGAAUCUUAUGAACGAAAAAUGGUGGAACAGAGGAAUGCCUUUUUUAUGUAGGGGUUGCUUAAUGGUCUACAAACAGCCAAUACAUGAAUAAGCCAGCAUGAGCAGCUUAGAGAUCAAGAUUAGCUUAAGAGAUCAAGUCCGUGUGUGACAAAUUCUGGUUCAGUGUUGUGCAGGUUACUGAUAUCAAUGAUAUCAUCAUGUUCUAUCAGUCAAUAUGUUAAAAAGC